GUCACGUGCUCGCGCCGCAGCCAAUCGCCGCGCGGCGCUGUCCUGGGAGCGAGGAGGCUGUGGUGAGAGACGGACCGAGACCGGAGAUGUUUUCAAGCCCGGCCCCGGCGGCGUUGGUGGCGGUUGCAGCGGCGGCGGAGACAACGACAGCGACGGCCACGCCAAGGCGCUUGUCCAGGGCGUAAACCCUCCUGCGCCCGCCGCGCCUCGGAUCCAGGAUGAGAAGAUUGAUAAAAGAAGCUAGCUGAACAGCUAUAAAAUGCCCAAAUCUGGGUUCACAAAACCAGUUCAGAGUGAAAAUUCUGACAGUGACAGCAAUAUGGUAGAGAAACCAUAUGGAAGAAAGAGUAAGGACAAGAUUGCAUCCUACAGCAAAACUCCAAAAAUUGACCGAAGUGAUGUAGGAAAGGAGAUGAAAGAGAAAUCAUCCAUGAAACGUAAACUUCCUUUUACCAUUAGCCCAUCAAGAAAUGAAGAACGAGAUUCAGACACAGAUUCAGAUCCAGGACAUACAAGUGAAAAUUGGGGGGAGAGACUUAUAUCUUCUUACAGGACAUAUUCAGAGAAAGAAGGUCCAGAAAAGAAGAAAACAAAAAAGGAUGCUGGAAAUAAGAAAUCCACACCAGUUAGCAUUCUUUUUGGUUAUCCACUCUCUGAACGAAAGCAGAUGGCGCUACUUAUGCAGAUGACAGCAAGAGACAACAGUCCAGAUUCCACACCAAACCAUCCAUCACAAACAACACCAGCCCAAAAGAAAACUCCCAGUUCUUCAUCUCGACAGAAAGAUAAAGUUAACAAAAGAAAUGAACGUGGUGAAACUCCUCUACACAUGGCAGCUAUCCGAGGAGAUGUGAAACAAGUUAAAGAAUUAAUAGGUUUAGGGGCAAAUGUGAAUGUGAAAGAUUUUGCAGGUUGGACACCACUACAUGAAGCUUGUAAUGUUGGAUAUUAUGAUGUUGCCAAGAUACUGAUAGCAGCUGGAGCAGAUGUUAACACACAAGGAUUAGAUGAUGACACUCCACUCCAUGAUUCUGCAAGUAGUGGGCACAGAGAUAUAGUGAAACUAUUACUCCGCCAUGGUGGAAAUCCAUUUCAAGCUAAUAAACAUGGGGAGCGUCCGGUGGAUGUAGCAGAAACAGAGGAAUUGGAGUUGCUACUAAAAAGAGAGGUGCCUCUGUCUGAUGAUGAUGAAAGCUACACAGAUUCUGAAGAGGCUCAGUCUGUAAAUCCUUCUAGUGUUGAUGAAAACAUUGACUCUGAAACAGAGAAAGACUCUCUCAUCUGUGAUAGUAAACAAAUACUUCCCAGUAAAGCACCUCUCCCAUCUGCCCUUGAUGAGUAUGAAUUCAAAGAUGAUGAUGAUGAAGAAAUAAAUAAGAUGAUUGAUGAUAGGCAUAUUCUUAGGAAAGAACAACGAAAAGAGAAUGAAUCUGAAGCAGAAAAGAAUAGUUUAUUUGCAAAACAGGAGAAAACCUUCUACCCUAAAUCAUUUAAAAGUAAAAAACAAAAGCCAUCAAGAGUUUUGUAUUCAAGUACUGAAAGUUCUGAUGAAGAAGUUCUUCAGAACAAAAAGAUUUCUUCUUCAUGUUCUGUGCCUGAAACAUCAAAUUCUGAUAUACAAACCAAAAAAGAGCAUUUAGUUUCAAGUGAACACAAACAGAAAGGCAAAGUUAAAAGGAAAUUAAAAAACCAGAAUAAAAAUAAAGAGAACCAAGAGCUAAAACAGGAAAAAGAAGGAAAAGAAAAUACCAGAGUAACAAACUUGACAGUCAAUACUGCACUAGAUUGUUCAGAAAAGACCAGAGAGGAGGGGAAUUUUAGAAAAUCUUUUAGCCCAAAAGAUGAUGCUUCCUUACAUUUGUUUCAUAUUUCCACUGGUAAAUCUCCCAAACAUUCUUGUGGAUUGAGUGAAAAACAGUCAACACCACUAAAGCAAGAACAUACUAAAACAUGUUUAUCACCAGGAAGUUCUGAAAUGUCAUUACAGCCUGAUCUUGUUCGUUAUGAUAAUACAGAACCUGAAUUCUUGCCAGAAAGUUCAAGUGUAAAAUCUUGUAAGCAUAGGGAAAAAAACAAACAUCAGAAAGAGUUCCACUUAGACUUUGGUGAAAAAUCAAAUGCCAAAAUAAAGGAUGAAGAUCAUAGUCCAACGUUUGAAAAUUCAGAUUGUACACUGAAAAAAAUGGACAAAGAGGGUAAAACAUUAAAAAAACAUAAACUGAAACAUAAAGAGAAGGAAAAAGAAAAGCAUAAGAAAGAAACUGAAGGUGAAAAGGAAAAAUACAAAAAUAAGGAUGGUGUUAAAGAACUGCAGAGGAGUGUAGAAUUUGAUAGAGAAUUUUGGAAAGAGAAUUUUUUUAAAAGUGAUGAAAAUGAAGAUCUCUUUGUAAAUAUGGAACAUGAAUCUCUAACCUUAGGGAAAAAAUCAAAAUUGGAAAAAAACAUGAAAGAUGAUAAAUCAAUCAAGGAAAAGCAUAUCUCAAAAGAGAAGACCUUUAAAGAAGAACGAGAAAAGAUUAAAAAAGAAAGUGACAAAUCUUUUAGGGAAGAAAAAAUAAAAGAUCUAAAAGAAGAGAGAGAGAACGUACCCACAGAUAAAGAAGCAGAAUUCAGUUCUUUGGGUCUAAGUACUAGUGAGGAAUCUAUAGGCCUGCAGUCAGUGGAAAAGGAAAUAGACAUUGAAAAACAAGAAAAGCAUAUCAAAGAAAGUAAAGAAAAAUCUGAGAAGCGAUUUCAAAUUAAAGAAAAGGACGUGGAAAAGGCUGAAAGAAAAAGUUUCGAAAAAGAGAAGAAGGUAAAACAUGAGCAUAAGUUAGAAAAAGACAAAUUAGAUCUUAGUGAUUGUGUUGAUAGAAUAAAAGAAAAGGACAAGUUAUAUUCACAUCACACAGAUAAAUGCCAUAGAGAAGGUGAGAAGAUAAAAAAUAUUACUAUUAAAAAAACUGAUGACAGAGAGAAAAGUAGAGAAAAGAUGGAGAGGAAACAUGACAAAGAAAAAACUGAAAAAGAGAGGCAUCUAAUGGAAAGUAAAGAAAAGCACUUGGAGAAAAAAAAUAAAUCAGAUAAUAGUGAAUAUAAUAAAUCAGAAAAAGUCAAAAAUAAAGAAAAAGACAGGGAGGUAGAUAAAAAGGAAAAAUCAAAAGAUAAAGAAAGUAUAAAUAUAACUAACUCCAAACACUUACAAGAAGAAAAAAAGUCAAGUAUAGGAGACAGUAGUAAAGUACAAUAUGAAAAAUCCUUAUCCCUUAAAGAAAAAACAAAAGAUGAACCUUUGAGAACUCCAGAUGGAAAAGAAAAAGAUAAAAAAGAUAAAGAUAUAGAUAGAUACAAAGAACGAGACAAACAUAAAGAUAAAAUUCAACUGAGUAGUUUACUCAAAUUGAAAUCUGAAGCAGAUAAACCUAAACCUAAGUCAUCACCAGCAUCAAAAGAUACUCGACCUAAAGAAAAGAGGUUAGUGAAUGAUGAUUUAAUGCAGACAAGUUUUGAACGAAUGCUAAGCCUUAAAGAUCUAGAAAUAGAACAGUGGCACAAAAAACAUAAGGAAAAAAUUAAGCAAAAAGAAAAAGAAAGGUUGAGAAAUCGUAACUGUUCAGAAGUUAAAGUAAAAGAUAAAGAAAAAACAAAACAUACACUAGCUGAAUCCAAAAACAAAGAGCUUACUAGAUCAAAGAGUUCAGAGUUGACUGAUGCCUAUACCAAGGAGAAACAAUCUAAAGAUAUUGUAAGUAACAGAUCACAAUCUGUUGACACCAAAAAUACAGUGAAUUUAGGGAAAUCAUCUUUUGUUUCAGAUAGUAGUUUAAACAGGUCUCCUAGAUCAGAAAGUGAAAAGCCAGGUCUCAGUUCCAGAUCUGUAUCCAUGAUUUCUGUUGCUAGUUCCGAAGAUUCCUGUCAUACCACAGUGACAACCCCAAGGCCUCCAGUUGAGUAUGACUCUGAUUUUAUGCUAGAGGGCUCAGAAUCCCAAAUGUCCUUUUCUCAGUCACCUUUUUUGCCAAUUGCCAAAUCUCCUGCCCUUCACGAAAGGGAAUUUGACACCCUGACUGAUCUGCCAGAGCGGAUUAAACCACCUUAUGCAAGCAGACUUCCAGCAUCCCACCUCAGGUCAUCUUCUGUAGAAGAUGUUAAGUUAAUUAUAAGCGAGGGAAAACCUACUGUAGAAGUUCGAAGAUGUAGCAUGCCAUCUGUCAUUUGUGAACAUACAAAGCAAUUCCAAACAAUAUCAGAAGAAAGCAAUCAAGGUAGCUCAUUACCUGUGCCAAGAGAUACUUGUCUUUCUCCCAAACCUGAAGUAUUCUCAAAUGUGCCUGCAAGAGACCUUUCAAAUGUGUCUAACAUACAUUCUUCUCCAACUAGAUCUAUAAGCAGCAAAUACGUUUCAGCAGAUAUAAAUGCCAUCAAGAGUACUGCUCUAAUGGGCACUAUAAUGGACAGUCCUGUGCAUUUAGAACCAUCUAAUCAGGUUGGUGUAAUCCAGAAUAAAUCCUGGGAGAUACCUGUUGAUAGACUGGAGUCAUUAAGCACCAGAGACUUUAUCUGCCCAAAUUCUAAUACACCUGAUCAAGAUUCUUCUGUUCAGGGUUUUUGUAAUUCUGAAAACCAAAUUUUGAAAGAAAAUGCCGAUUUUUUAUCUUUGCACCAGACCGAACCUCCAGGAAACUCUUGUGCUCAGGAUCCGGCAUCCUUUCUGCCUUCACAGCAACCUUGCUCUUUCCCCAACCAAUCACCUUCAGAUGCUGAAUCUGUUUCUAAACAUACGUCUUUAUCGUAUGUUGCCAAUCAAGAGCCAGGUGUUUUACAACAAAAAAAUGCAGUUCAAAUUAUCAGUUCUGUUUUAGAUACUGAUAAUGAAUCUACAAAAGAUACGGAAAAUACUUUUGUUUUAGGAGACGUUCAAAAGACAGAUGCCUUUGUCCCUGUGUACUCUGAAAACACUAUUCACGAAGCAUCGCCAAACUUUGAGAAGGCUAAUACGUUACCUGUGUUAGCAUUAGAAAAGGACUUUAAUGGAAGUGAUGCCUCUACCCAGCUGAAUACACAUUAUGCAUUUAGUAAACUAACUUACAAGUCUUCCAGUGGCCAUGAAGCUGAGAUUAGCACAACUGAUAUUCAGGUUAUUUCUCAUGAAAAAGAAAAACUGGAGAGUUUGGUUUUAACUCACUUGAAUAGGUGUGAUUCUGAUUUAUGUGAAAUGAAUGCAGGGAUGCCAAAAGGAAACUUGAAUGAACAAGAUAAUCCAAAACAUUGUCCUGAAAGUGAAAAGUGUUUGCUUUCCAUGGAUGAUGAAGAAUCUCAACAAAGCAUUUUAUCAAAUCUGGAAAACCAUUCACAGCAGUCAGCUCAACAAGAAAUACAUAAAUAUGGUCAAUUCGUUAAAGUAGAAUUAGAAGAAAAUGCUGAAGAUGAUAAAAAUGAACAUCAGAUCCCUCAAAGAAUGACUAGAAAUAAAGCAAAUACAGUGGCAAAUCAAAGCAAGCAGAUUCUUGCCAGCUGUACACUAUUAUCAGAAAAAGACAGUGAAUCCUCAUCUCCUAGAGGAAGAAUAAGAUUAACUGAAGAAGAUGAUCCUCAAAUCCACCAUCCACGGAAAAGGAAAGUGUCACGUGUCCCUCAGCCUGUGCAAGUGAGUCCCUCUUUACUACAAGCGAAAGAAAAAACUCAGCAGUCUCUGGCAGCCAUUGUAGAUUCUCUGAAACUAGAUGAGAUUCAACCGUACAGUUCAGAGAGAGCAAAUCCUUAUUUUGAAUACUUGCACAUAAGGAAAAAAAUUGAAGAAAAACGCAAAUUAUUGUGUAGUGUUAUUCCUCAAGCACCUCAGUAUUAUGAUGAAUAUGUAACCUUUAAUGGAUCCUAUCUCCUGGAUGGAAACCCCUUAAGCAAGAUUUGUAUUCCCACAAUUACACCACCGCCUUCACUGUCAGAUCCACUUAAAGAACUUUUUCGGCAACAGGAAGUUGUAAGAAUGAAACUACGUUUGCAACACAGUAUUGAAAGGGAAAAACUUAUUGUAUCCAAUGAGCAGGAAGUUCUACGCGUUCAUUACAGAGCUGCAAGAACACUGGCAAAUCAAACACUGCCAUUUAGUGCUUGUACUGUUUUGCUGGAUGCAGAAGUAUACAAUGUACCAUUGGACUCUCAG